AUGGCUACCUUCGCGCCCAUUGAUCCGCCUUCGAUGAAUAAUUCCGGUGGCAAGAAGAGGGUUGCCUACUUCUACGACUCUGAUGUCGGGAAUUAUGCCUACGUUGCUGGCCAUCCUAUGAAGCCUCACAGAAUCCGGUUGGCGCACAGCUUGAUUAUGAACUAUGGAGUAUAUUCCAAGAUGGAAAUCUAUCGUGCAAAGCCUGCUACCCGUCAUGAGAUGACCCAAUUCCACACGGAUGAGUACAUCGAUUUUCUGCAAAAGGUGACCCCGGACAACAUGGACUCUUUCGCAAAGGAACAAGGCAAAUACAAUGUCGGAGAUGAUUGUCCUGUAUUUGAUGGACUGUUCGAGUUCUGUGGUAUCAGUGCUGGUGGCAGUAUGGAAGGUGCAGCUCGUCUCAACCGCGGCAAAUGCGACAUUGCAGUCAAUUGGGCUGGUGGCCUUCAUCACGCAAAGAAGAGCGAGGCAUCUGGUUUCUGCUAUGUCAAUGAUAUCGUCUUGGGCAUUAUUGAGCUUCUUCGCUUUAAGAAGCGCGUACUCUACAUAGACAUUGAUGUUCAUCACGGUGAUGGUGUCGAGGAGGCUUUCUACACCACCGACCGUGUCAUGACCGUUUCGUUUCACAAGUAUGGAGAGUACUUUCCGGGCACUGGUGAGCUUCGCGACAUUGGUGUUGGUCAAGGCAAAAACUACGCUGUCAACUUUCCCCUCCGCGACGGCAUUGAUGAUGUUACCUACAAGUCCAUCUUCGAACCCGUCAUCCAGAAUGUCAUGGACUACUAUCAGCCAGAAGCUAUCGUCCUCCAAUGUGGUGGUGACAGCUUGUCGGGCGAUCGUCUUGGCUGCUUCAACCUCAGCAUGCGUGGUCACGCCAACUGCGUUAAAUUCGUCAAGGGUUUCGGCAUGCCAACGCUUGUCCUAGGUGGUGGUGGCUACACUAUGCGCAAUGUUGCUCGUACCUGGGCAUUCGAGACUGGUGUUCUUGUCGGCCAAGAGAUGGGUGCUGUUCUUCCUUUCAAUGAGUACUACGAGUACUAUGGACCUGACUACGAGCUUGAUGUUCGUUCUUCGAACAUGGAAAACGCCAACUCAAAAGACUAUCUGGAGAAGAUCAAGAUUCAAGUCAUUGAGAAUCUGAAAAAGACCGCUCAUGCGCCAUCGGUUCAACUGACAGAAGUUCCACGUCAUACUUUGGCAGGAGGCGCUGAUGACGACGACGACGAGCUUGAUGAUCUGGAUGAUGAUGAGAAUAAGGAUACUCGCCAUACCAAACGCCAGUGGGACCAGCGCAUCACUCGAGAUGAUGAACUUGACGAGAGCGAAGAUGAGGAAGAGUCACGUGCCAACGGUGUUCGACCUCAGAACGGGCAGAUCAAGCGACGAAACAUUAUGGAUUUCCAAAAUGCCAACGCUGCUGCUUCUGAUAUUGAAAUGGAUAGUGGUGCUGUUACUCCUGAAGUCCAGCAUCCUCUGGAUGGUAUUGUUACCGCAAUGGCGACCGAGGCAAAUGCUGAGGUCAACGCUGAAUUAAUGGAGAAGAAGACGCUUGGUGUCGCGGCUGUUGAUUCUGGAGAACUUGGACCAUCCAACGCACCAUCUCCCGCUCAAUCUGCGAAACUGACAAUCGAGAUUGUUGAUAAUGACGUCGACAUGACAGAUGCACCAGAAGUUAUACCAGCAGUGGCAGUUACCCCAGCUGUACCAUCUGUUGCUGCCAAAUCGAAGACGCCUGAAGUUUCAACACCGGCUGUGACUGUUUCUGAACCUGCCGCUGCCACUGCCACUACUGUCCCAGAUACAAUUGUGCCCAAGCAAGAAGGUGAAGCAGAGCGGACGGAGAAGGGUGAAACAUCCACGGAGAUGGCACAUUCAAAACCAACAUGA